GGAGCGCGAGCGCUAGGGGAUGCUGGGCCGCUAGGUGCCUGACACUCAGGAGGCCCAUGCGAAGCACGUCUCUGAAGCCAAUGCCUAGCUGGAGUCUGAGGAGAAAAAGGUCCAGGCGAACGCUGAGAGAAGGCAGUGACGGACCGCUCGAAGCUCGCCGAAGAGAAUAACAAGAAGCUGAUGCUGCUGGUGGACGCCUUCAAGGCGGAGCGCGAGGAACUCCGACAAGAAAUUCCUGGUCUCAAACUGGCACUUGGCGAGUCCGAGACCAGCCAGGCGACCGCACGGCAUGCCCAAGAUGACGCCGCGGCCAAGCUUGCUUCCCUUUGGCCUCCCAUAAAGGACGUUGCCGGCACAACUAAGCAGGCUGUGGGCGGGGCAGGUCAAGAGCAGGAGCAACGCGGACAUCUAAGGCCGCUCCCCUCAUUAGAGCUCUGGUCCCGCGGUGCUCUGAGCUCCAUCUGCAGGGAGAAGCUAGAAGCUCCCCUCAGGCCGCACGACGUCGACUUUGCCGAAUUCUCCUCCAAGCUCGUGGAGCAGCUCAAAGACGGGGCUCGGAAGGUGGAUGGCAUCCUGGAGGAGUGUCGUGAUCUCUUCGUUCAGGCGGCAAUGCAUGUUUUCAGCCACCUCCUCCACGGUGAUCCUGACUUCGACUUUGACAGGGUGAUAGCUCCCGUUCCUGAAGCCGUAGGAAGCCACGUGGAUGCGCUUCUCAGGAAGUUCUCAUGUGGCUGCGGUACGAGCUCUGAUGCGGUUGAAGAAAUCGAGGCGACGGGGCCGACAGUGGCGGUGGUGGCGAUGGCAAGGCUUCCUCUUAGACUUCCUUCCUCAUUAUUUUGUAACAAACUGAUCCGGCCUUGUGGAGGCGUGAAGACAAUGGUUUUUGUUUAGGAGAAGUGUUGAAAUCAUCCGGCUGAUCUAUUACGAUCGUAAGCCGCGUCUAACGCUCGCCACGCGUCCUUGCGGGCCCGCGCAUCACAACUCCCAAUCCCUCAUCCUUAUCCAAACUGAAAAGCACUCACCACACAACUCUUUUCUUCCCGUACACCACACGCUUGACCACAAACCGCUUCAGACUUAUCUCUUGAAUCUCGUCGUCGCUUACAAGGCCUCCGGGUGAGCCGCUCGUGGCCGGAGAAACUCAACGGGGGGUGCUGCAACUGGCGGCCGCAACACACCGCGGCCUGCUGCAUUCGCGCGAAACGGCGUCUGAUGCUGCCGACGUUGCAACCGCACAGCUUGCCGGCGACGCAGCCGUGACCGGCGCUGCAAAGGUGGGAGCGGCCACAUCGUUAGUACCGUCUACUGCGGUUGGAGUUGCCGAGCAAGUCGAUGCAACCAUUGGAUCUCGGCGGCGGCAGCGACGGAUUCUUGCUGCAACGCAACACUCGCCGGCGGCAGCCCUUGCUUCAACGCAGCACUCGCCGGCGGCCGCCCUUGCUUCAACGCAGCACUCGCCGCGGCAGCCCUUGCUUCAACGCAACACUCGUCGAUGGCCGCCCGUGCUUCAACGCAUCACUCGCCGGCGGCCGCCCUUGCUUCAACGCAGCACUCGACGACGGCCGCCCGUGCUGCAACACAACAGUCGCCGGUGGCCACCCUUGCUUCAACGCAGCACUCGACGGCGGCGAGUUUGGCGGUGCUGCGCGGCAGGGCGAUGAUGCAGGCAGGAGCAACAAAUCGGUCGGUGCCGAGCUGGGUGCUGCAACGGAACGACGGUGCUACGGCGGCUUCUGUGCAUGAUGUUUGCGUUCUGCUGAAUGUGGAAGAGAAGAAAGCGAUUGUGUGUUGACCCAUCUAACGGCUUCACGGGGCAGAUCGGACGGAUACACACCCGAAUGAUUUUCACUGGAAUAAGUCGGAUGAUUUGUAGCAGCGGCCUUUUGUUUAAGUACUUAAUGCUUGUUAUGAAUGCUCGUGCUCUCGCGAGUCUCCCUUCCUAUGCUCGUUUUACGUUCUUGCAUGCCUUUGUGGUCUACAUCGGUUGGGUCCAGCCCAUGUGCAGGCCUAAUCCGUCGCUCAGAUGUCAGCUCGCAAUGCCUGGACAAGGCUAGCAGGCAAGGGGCACUUGGAGCUGGUGAAGGGCCCUCGGGCACGAUGAUCAUGGGCCCCCCUUUCUCGCGCAAGCAACACGCGUGAAAGGACAUGUCAGCAUUCUAAGGGUGGCUCGCGAGAUACUAGAUCUUGAUCUAAUUCCAUGUGGGUUCCAUCAUUGUUGGUUU